UUUACUUUCUGUUUGAAGUUUAGAUCUCAAAAAGCAACGAAUCCCGAAUCUAAUAAGUUACUUUGGAUUCAUCCUCCAACCAUUGACUUUAUCUUGUUUCGGCAGAAACUUCAACACUUGGCUUCACAUGACAUGACACACUCGGAAUCUAAAACCACCAUAGCUCCACUCUUCUACUGCCACUUGCUUGCGAAGUUGGAACAACCAUGAUGCUCCACUCAGCUUUUCUAUCAUCUGGCUUUGUUGUUCACAUAUUGCUCCAAAGCGUGUUCACUCAACAUACUCACAGUUCUUGACAAUUACUAGUUUGGAUGGGAAGGACAAACAUUGAUUUGGGUUUCUGUUAAUGGCAUCUAUUAGAAGAACUUUGUCUCCAGUGCCUCGAGCCGGAGGCGUGGCUAAUCUAGAAGUGUGUUCAGUAGGAUCUCCCUUGUCUAAGUCCUCGUCGAGUCCUCAUAGCUCGUUUGGCUCACUGGACUCCCGGGCUUUCGUUCUCGGCGUUUUCUCGCCGAGGUCUUUGAGGGCACUUGAGAGGUCAAAGCCAAAGGGCCAGCUCUGGAGGAAGGUGCUUUUGCAUUUUUUCAUUUGCUUCAUGAUUGGUGUUUCCAUUGGAUUCAUCCCUCUUGCAUCAAGGAACUUGUCCACUAGUCUCAUGCCAAAGCACCAAGCAUUCUCUUUUGAAAAUACCAAGAUAGAUUUGACUUCAUCAAUUAAUGAGACCACGGAAUUUAAUGCUACUUUGAAUUUAGCUGUGAAAGAACAGCAACAGAUAGAUAAAGUGAGAAAUGAUGUUUCCAAUGACAAAUUACUCAAUGAAGAGCCAUAUUUGGAAUCUCAGAAGCUUCUCAUAAUUGUGACCCAAACAGUAACCAAUCCGUUUCAAGCAUAUUAUUUGCAUCGGUUGGCGCAGACUUUGAAAUUGGUCUCGCCUCCAUUGUUGUGGAUUGUUGUUGAGAUGACUUCCCAAUCUGAAGAAACUGCUGAAAUCUUGAGGAGUAGUGGGAUUAUGUAUAGGCAUCUCGUUUGCAAGUCGAAUGUAACAGACACGAGCCUUCAGGGCAUUCUUCAAAGAAAUGUUGCACUGUCUCACAUUGAAACUCACCGGCUUGAUGGAAUUGUUUACUUUGCAGAUGUUGAUAACAUCUAUUCAGUCGAGAUCUUUCAGCAAAUCAGAGAGAUAAGGCGGUUCGGAACAUGGACUGUAGCAAAACUAUCAGGGGAUAAAGGUAGCAUUGUCUUACAAGGGCCUGUUUGUGAUGGAGCUCGAGUAAUCGGAUGGCAUGUCAAUGAAUCGAAUAGGAGAUCGAAAAGAUUUCACAUUGAGAUGCCAGGUUUUGCCUUCAAUAGUACGAUACUCUGGGAUCCAAAGAGGUGGCACAGACCUACACUUGAACCUAUCAGGCAGCUAGACUCAGUUAAGGAAAGUUUUCGGGUUAGCACAUUGAUUGAGCAAGUGGUCGAAGACGAAAGCCAAAUGGAAGGCUUAAUGAACAAUUGCUCUAGUGUUAUGGUCUGGCAUAUUGAUCUUGAACCAUCUCAUUCUUUCUAUCCACAGAAAUGGAUGAUCAAGAACUACCUAGAUGUCAUUCUUCCACUUGUGUGAUAUUCUUGAUAAAGAAGCAAUCAAGCAGAAAAUCUGCAUAUUUAAUCUUCGUGCAUUGCAGGGAAAAAUAUGAAGAAUUGUGGUGAAUGUUGGUAGUAGCACAAUUGUGAGUUAUGAAAGGACUCCUACAAGUAGUUCAUAGUUCAUUGUAUUCCCCCUAAAAUGUACAUUAUAUCAGAGUUUGUAUUAGUAGUCCUUGUUCAUUCAACAUUUGGAGCAUGUUUCUCAAUUGUAAGAGUUCAUUGCAGUGCCAUAAGGAAAGGAAUGUUCCAU